ACGAGUUUAUUAUGUAAUUUAUUUAUUAUUUACUUCUCUUUUUUUUUUUUGCGUUUCUUGGUUCUGUAACAGCAUUUUGAACCCCACCCACUAAACCUCACCGGCUCCUCUCUGGUUAAUCGAUGUGCAAAUCUUCAAUCUUCUUCCCUGAGGAACUCCACAAACUCACUUUCAUUCAUUUCCCCACCGCCGUUGAUUUGUAUGAAGCUGCUUUUUAAUCCAGCGAGGUGACUCAACAGCGUUACAGGCCUGAGCAGGACAGCAGUUCAAGAUGGCUGAUGUUGCAUCCCUCAAAGGAAAGAAGAGAAAGAUGGCACGCAGUGUUUUAGAGCCCCCAUCCAAAUCCUCCAUAGUGACCUUACUGAGCCCCUCCCUCCUCCUCCUGGAAAUCCCUGCUGACACCAACACCAGUCUCCCAGUAUGGGAGGACGUGAGAUCCCAGCAGGUUGACGUCGCCUGGACUGUCAAUCCCUACAGCAUCAGCGUUCAUUUAACCCCUAUGACCUCUAAACAGGGGAAGGGUACAACUUCCAGCAAAAGUGAGAGCACUCCCAAUGUCGUACAGACGUCAGCGCUUUCUUCUGGCAUCCUGCAGCCUCAGACGUUUGUCCAGUCCAUUGCGCAGCAGUCUGGGCCCUCCCAGACGGUCCUGCUCACCUUCUCCCAAAACAGCACCCAAUUGUCGCCAUGCCCUGCAGGUCAACCACAGAAAAUACCUCCAAACCAUAAGCCGGCCACCUCCCUCAUCGUCUCCCUGCCUCUCAUCAUCACCCAACCCCAGCCUGCCAGUCAGCCCAGCGCCACUACCAAGAAGUUGGCCCUACCCAUCACCCAGACCCCAACAACCAUGCCCACCAAGCUGCAAUCCCCAUCCAAAGCACCCAUCCCCUUUCCUUUCCACACGAGGAGCUCCUUUGACAUCCAGAUCUGCGAUGACUUCCUCUUACGCUUGUGUCGUUCAGGGAGGAAAUGUAAGAUGCACCACACGCCCUACCCGUUUCAUUGGCAGCUGUGGUCCAUGACCAGACAUCAAUGGAUCGACAUCUCCCCUCGCUCUCAGGUCUUACUGGAAAGGACCUAUUGCAACAUCGAACAAGACUUGAUUUUCAUGAAGGAUGGAGAUAUGCGCUACAGACUGAAAUUUGACUUGAUGGAGUUGGACGACCCAUCGAAGUACAACAGAGUGAGACGACUGACCAACUCUGACAGUCUGCUCAGGAACCCUUACUUUCCCAGCAAAUGGAAAAUCUACUGGUGGAACAGCUUUAACUGGGAACAGUACAACAAGAACGUCUCCACCUUGCUCCUGAGGAAGAUGAGUGAAAAGGAGCCCGAGUGCUCCUUCUACAUCAGCUCACAGGAGUACAAGCUGGACUUCACCACCAUGACCCAGACCAACGUCACCACAGGGUUUCAGAGAGCCGUUCGCUGCAGACCGGUCUACCGCUCCCCUGAUUCCAUGCACCCUUACCUGCAGACAGGAAUCCAGACUGACCCCACUGAGCCUGCUAGUGGGGCAAACUUCAGCCUGAACCCUCUGGAGGAGUUCACGUCCUGGUAUCCUCCGGUGUGGUGUCUGGCCUCAGAAGAGGACUACAGCCUGGUAGACGUUCCGGCGGGGACGCAGGCCUACCGGAAGGUCCAAAGUCUCUUCUAUGAGAGCCUUCCCGAGACCAAGGUGGACAUCAUCAGCAUUCAGCAAGUUCAGAAUGUCCUCCACUGGGACAAGUACCAAAGGCACAAGGCGCACAUGCAGAAGCUGUACACCAUGUCUAAGGAGCCUCUGGAGAGACAUCUCUUCCACGGGACGACCAAAGACGCCUCAGAAGACAUCUGCCACAACAACUUCGACCCUCGCUUGGCCGGAGUCAACGGAACCUCCUUGGGUUUUGGCACCUACUUUGCCACAACUGCCUCCUUCUCCAACAACUUCUCAGCCAAGGGGAGGUCGGAUCAGCUUCGCCACAUGUUCCUGGCUAAAGUCCUGGUGGGGAAGGUGAGUGUCGGAAGGGGCAUGUACCGCCGCCCCCCAGCGCUCACCUCCAAGACAAGGAAGUACCGUCUCUAUGAUACUUGCGUGGACAAAUUAGACAAACCCACCAUGUUUGUAGUUUUUGAUAGCUGUCAGUGCUACCCAUACUACCUGAUCAAGUACACUGACCUACCCAAAGAGAUUGAUAUUUGAUGAUACCAGAGGCGUUCUGUGAUGGUAACUGUUCAACCAUAAAGUGUCGAAGGUGUCCAGUUGUGAGAUGAAAGCAAAUGCUCAGUUUGCCAACAUAAAAUCUACAAAAUAAACAUUAUGUGCAAUAAAGUUCCUCUACAAACACAUCAGCUAAAAUGCUAAAAUUCCAAACCAGGCGAAGCACUUUAUUUUUCAAAAUCUCUUUAUUUUGGUUAUUUAAACAUUUUACACUGAUGGAAAUAAGCACUUUUUUUUUUUUUCCUCUUUGUUGUUCAGAAUCAAAUUGACUUCUGUUACAUUUAUGAAAAUAAACUGUUCACUGAAUUCAUUCAUCUCUCAGUGUAUUCACAUGAUAAACAAGUUUGAUCAUCCGUUGUCAUGUUUUCACCUGUUGAAAUACCUGAUUGUAUGUUUUUCAAAUGUCAGACUGGAAUGUGUUUCACCAAAGUCUCUUGUAGUAAAAGCAUAUAUAUUUCAAAAUA